AGGUUAUUUAUGCUGCCCGCUCAGGGCACAACGCCUAUGCCGGCAUUGCGAACAGGGAAACGAUAUGGUGCUGUAGCUGCCAUUGUUCGACAUGGAUCAGACGUCAUCCGAAGGAUAUUGCAGCAGCUAGAUCUCCCGAUCCCCGCGCAAGAGCCGUAUCAAUCUAUAGAUGGUCGUACAUGCGAAUUUGAUGCGAUGACGGCAAUGGAGACACGAUCCCCGCAAAAGCUCGGGAACCCCCGCAAAGCUGGGGUUGACAUCCAAGCGUCUCCGUCUUGCCGAACUAGAUCCAGGUGCCUCGACUCGAGGCACUCGUAUGACACGGGAAUCUUGCCAAAGUCAAGCUGCCUAGUUGCCCAUCUAGGAAAUGGGGAAGGCUAGUUCAAAGGAAUCACACCCUCGCAGGCAAGUUGCCGCGAGACGGAGAGAAGCCUCGAGCCGAGAUGACAAGACAGUCAGCCUUCCUUUUCCGGAAUAGCCCUGGUUCGGCUCUAAAACCAUGCAGGCAGCCUGGAUUAGUACUUAGAGCCUUCAGAUUAGAG